GAGAGAAACAUGUAUCGUUUCCGCUCACAGCUCUUCACGGGGAUUCUUGCUGCCGCCACCGCCCACUCUUCCCCCCGCCGCUUCUCGCCUUUGUUGCUAGCCCAAGAAGACUCGCCUCUCUGCCGCCUGCCGCACAGACGCACGAGUAAAAAGUGCAGCUCCAUCGGCUGAUCCUCGCUCAAGCUCCCGCCCGAGUCUCUCCAGGCGGCACCGGGCGUCGUCCUACGAUGCCGAAGAACAAGAAGCGGAACGCUCCGCACCGCGGCGGCAGUAGUGGCGGCGGCGGCGGCGGCGUCUCCGGGGCAGCUGCUGCGACGGCGGCGACAGCAGGUGGCCAGCAUCGAAAUGUUCAACCUUUCAGUGAUGAAGAUGCAUCGAUUGAAACAAUGAGUCAUUGCAGUGGUUAUAGCGAUCCUUCCAGUUUUGCUGAAGAUGGACCAGAGGUUCUUGAUGAGGAAGGAACUCAAGAAGACCUAGAGUACAAGUUGAAGGGUCUCAUUGACCUGACUCUAGAUAAGAGUGCAAAAACAAGAACAGCAGCUCUUGAAGGCAUUAAAAAUGCAUUGGCAUCAAAAAUGCUUUAUGAAUUUAUUCUGGAAAGAAGAAUGACUUUAACUGAUAGCAUUGAACGCUGCCUGAAAAAAGGUAAGAGCGAUGAGCAGCGUUCGGCUGCAGUAUUAGCAUCUGUUUUUUGUAUUCAAUUGGGCCCUGGAAUUGAAAGUGAAGAGGUUUUAAAAACUCUUGGACCUAUCUUAAAGAAAAUUAUUUGUGAUGGAACAGCUAGCAUCCAGGCUAGGCAAACUUGUGCAACAUGCUUUGGUGUUUGCAGUUUUAUUGCCACAGAUGACAUCACUGAACUGUAUUCAACUCUGGAAUGUUUGGAAAAUAUCUUCACCAAAGCCUAUCUCAAAGAGAAAGACACUAAUGUUAUUUGCAGCACCCCAAAUACAGUGCUUCAUAUCAGCUCGCUUCUUGCAUGGACAUUAUUACUGACCAUCUGCCCAAUCAAUGAAGUGAAGAAGAAGCUCGAGGUGCAUUUCCACAAACUUCCAAGCCUUCUCUCUUCUGAUGAUGUAAACAUGAGAAUAGCAGUGGGUGAAUCUUUGGCUCUUCUGUUUGAAUUGGCCCGAGGAAUGGAGAGUGACUAUUUUUUUGAAGACAUGGAGUCCUUGACUCAGAUGCUUCGGGCAUUGUCUACAGAUGGGAAUAAACACCGGGCCAAAGUGGACAAGCGCAAGCAGCGGUCCGUGUUCAGGGACAUCUUAAGAGCUGUAGAGGAACGGGAUUUUCCAACAGAAACGGUUAAAUUUGGUCCUGAAAGGAUGUACAUUGAUUGCUGGGUCAAAAAACAUACCUAUGAUACCUUUAAGGAGGUUCUUGGAUCUGGGAUGCAGUAUCACUUGCAGUCAAAUGAAUUCCUUCGCAAUGUAUUUGAACUCGGACCACCUGUGAUGCUUGAUGCUGCAACACUUAAAACAAUGAAGAUUCCUCGUUUUGAAAGGCAUUUGUAUAAUUCUGCAGCUUUUAAAGCCCGAACAAAAGCUCGAAGCAAAUGUAGAGAUAAGAGAGCAGACGUGGGAGAAUUCUUCUAGAUUUUCUGCACUUGAAGACUACUCUAAUUUCCAGUUUUUAUUUUAUUUUUUUUGUAACUUCUAAUAUAUUUAAACUCUGUAAAACAAUUUUUAUCUUGGGUCAACAUAGAUUUUGUAGCACGGGUUAUAUUUAUGUAAAAAUAUUGCAAAUGGAGGGUUACAAUGAUUGAAUAUUCUGUAAAUAUAAUCAGUAAACAUGAUAAAGUGUUUGUAAUGUUUGGUCAUUUCCUAUUUAUGAUAAAUGCAAAAUAGGCUAUUUUUCUUGAUUAAAAAUCUAUUAAAUACAAUUCUGAGGGACUGGAAUGAUAGCACAGCGGUAGGGCAUUUGCCUUGCAUGCAGCUGACCUGGGUUCAAUCCUUGGUAUCCCAUAUGGUCUCCCGAGCUUGCCAGGAGUGAUUUCUGAGCAUAGAGCCAGGAGUAACCCCUGAGCACAGCUAGGUGUGACUCAAAAGCAAAAAAAAAAAAAAAGAUCUGAACUUCUUACACUGUGGUUACAAUAAUAGGUCCAAUAUAAUGUAAAUUUAAGAUUUUAAACAAAUGGGCUCUCAGCUCAUUUGGGGGAACUAGUUCUGGGAAAGUCCCUGUAAUUUUACAUCUAAAUACUAAUACUUUUGUUAUUGAAAUCAACAAAAGGAAUCAUACCAGAUCUUACAAAUCGAGUCCGUCUUUUGGAGGGAGUUAGUGUUCAAUCAACACUUGCCUGUUUGCCACAUUUGCCCACAAAUGGGGACACUAAUUAUAUCUUCUGUAUGUGACUUUUUGUGCUUUACUUUGAAAUAAAGAUCUUUUCACUCAAAAAA